CUCUGCCUGACCUCUCACUCCUGGUGCUGGGGAGCCAGGGUGCCUCUGACGCUCAGGCAGCCUGGACCCAUGAGCUUUGUCCCCUGACGGCCCUCUAAGGAGCGGCUGGUCAGCCAAGGAGGAGCUUCUCUGAAGCUUCUGGGAUACCCCAGGCCUGCCGGGACUGGUUGUUAGACAACUGCCCCACCCUCGCCCUGGGCUGGCCGGGCCUGGGAUCCUGUGCUUGUUCGCGGCUCCCAGCAGCCUGAGACGCCUGGAAGACCUGCCCUGCGUGCAGCCGCUCUGGGCAUGGUGUUCGCUGAGAUCCUGGAGAAAGCCGGAGGCGCGGGCCUCUUCCAGGCGCUGCAGGCGCUCACCCUCAUCUUGCCGUCCAUCCUGAUGCCCUCCCAGAUGCUCUUGGAGAACUUUGUGGCCGCCACCCCAGACCACCGCUGCUGGGCUCACAUGCUGGACAAUGGCUCCGAGGCCCCGGCAAACCUCACCCCCGAGGCCCUCCUGACCGUCUCCAUCCCACUGGGCCCCAGCCACAGGCCCCACCCAUGUCGCCGCUUCCGCCAACCGCAGUGGCAGCUCCUGGACUCCAACACCACAGCCACCAACUGGAGCGAGGCUGCCAUGGAGCCAUGCGUGGAUGGCUGGGUGUACGACCGCAGCACCUUCACCUCCACCAUCGUGGCCCAGUGGGACCUGGUGUGUGACGACCAAGGCCUGAAGGCCCUGGCCCAGUCCAUCUUCAUGGCCGGGAUCCUGGUGGGCUCCAUGGCCUGGGGCUUGCUCUCCCACCGCAGGUUUGGGCGGAAGCUGAUGCUGACCUGGUGCAUCCUGCAGGUGGCGCUGGCUGGCACCAGCACUGUCUCUGCCCCCAACUUCCUCGUCUACUGUGGCCUCCGAUUUCUGAGCGCUGUGGGAAUGGCUGGCAUCACCAUGGCCUCAGCUAUACUUGCAGUGGAGUGGACCGUGAGCCGCUGGAGGGCUGUCACUAUGACAAUACUGGGGUGCUCCUACAGCGCCGGCCAGAUGACCCUAGGGGGCUUGGCCUUCGCCCUGAGGGACUGGCGAGACCUCCAGCUGGCUGUGUCGACUCCCUUCUUUGCUUUCUUCUUGAUAUCCUGGUGGCUGCCAGAAUCUGCCUGCUGGCUGAUGGUUAUGGGCAAACCCGACCAAGCACUGCAGGAACUCAAAAAGGUGGCCAGGAUAAAUGGCCACAGGGAAGCCGAAAAGACACUGACCGUGGAGGUGCUGAUGUCAAGCAUGGAGGAGGAGAUGGCCUCUGCAAAGGCCCACAGGUCGGUGCUCAACCUGUUCCGUGUGCCCGAGCUCCGCUGGAGAGCCUGCAGUCUGUUCCUGGUGAGCUUCUUCUUGAUGACCUCCUACUACGGGCUGGUCCUUGACCUGCAGAACCUGGGGAGUGACAUCUUCCUCCUCCAGGUCCUCUUCGGAGCCGUGGACAUCGUGGCCAGGGUCACCACUGUCUUCUUGUUCAGGUUCUUCGGCCGCCGCAUGACUCUGGCCAGCUUCCAGACCUUGGCUGGUUUCUGCAUCCUGGCCAACGUGCUGGUCCCACAGGACAUGCAGACCCUGCGUGUGGUCUUCGCAGUGCUGGGAAAGGGGUGUUUUGGCAUCAUCUUAAACUGCAUGAUCAUCUACAAGCCUGAACUCUUCCCGACUUCCCUGCGGAUGACAACAGAUGGCUUCCUGCAGUCGGCAGGGCGGCUGGGGGCUAUUAUAGGUCCCCUGAUCAGGAUGACCUGCCAGGCCCUGCCCCUGCUGCCCCCCAUCUUGUAUGGCACUGCCCCCAUUGUUGCCAGCCUCAUUAUCCUGCUCUUCCUCCCGGAGACCCAAGGCCUUCCGCUCCCUGACACCAUCGAGGACCUGAAGAACCAGAGAUCAGCAGCAGCCAAGGCCAACCGGCAGAAGGUGGUCAUUAAAGAAAACACCUAUUUCUAGAAAUCCUGCCUGCAUGGAACCCCUUUGGUCAAAGAGCCUACAGGGCAUUGCCUCCCAUGGGUGGGAGGGUUUGGCACCCGGGGCCAGGCCACCAUGACUGAGUGGGCAGCGUGGCCAACAACAAGGCCAAAGGCCCUUCACUGCCCGCCUCUCACUCCCCACCCUGGCCAGACUCCACCCGCCCCAGCCCUGCACAUGAGCCUGUGGCAGAGCCAUGGCCAGACCAGCUGCCUGAGGCCGCUUCACCAGCCAGGCCCGUCCUCUCCCUUCCCUGCCAGGCUCACGUGUUCACACCUUCUCUUGGCCGUGCUGGACUCACUUCACAGCCCCUGGCACUGCAGCUUCCCACCUCCGAGCCUCCAGAGCAGGGCACAGGACAGAAAGGGCAGGGGCCAGACACGCCUGGGCCCCAAGCUCUUCCCACCCUGACAGAGCCCUUAUCUGUAAAUUGGGAAAGAUUGCGGAAUCAACCUCCCAGGGCAGGUGACAGGGUUAAACACCAUAGUCCAACAAAUAGAACCUGCUGGCAGUUGCCAGGUGUGCCCCACUCCAAGGCUCCAGCGAGGAGGCACGCUGGCCCAGACGCUUACCCUCACCAAUGGUGUGCUCAUUCUGACAAGAGGUUUUCAUCAGCUCCUAUCUGCCCUGCUGGUGAGGGAGGCUCCCUACACUGGACAGGCAAGAUAGACUGCUGUUUAUUAGUCAGAGACUCAUGGCCCAGGGAGGAGGGCACCCUGCCAUGCAGGCACAGGGGGCUGCACCAGGGUCAGGAUGGGCCGCCGGAGGGGUCGGAGGCAGGCUUUGUGGUAUCAGGGAGUGUGCUGAUCCCUGCGAUGUUCCCAUGGAGGAUGUGAUGCUUGUGUGAGCAGUUCCAGGGGUGGCAGGGAACUUAAACCCCCUACUUAGGAAUGCAGCGAUUGCACCUGGUCCCCUUGGCAAGCAGUGUGGUCUGGGUGGGGACCCCGUCUGUGGGAGUGGAGUGGGAGGGGAGCGCGCCUCAGGCCUCACUGCAUGUCCGGGCAGUGCGUGCUAUCAGCCUGCACUCCAGGCCUUCUGCCGCAGGGGCACCUUGUGUUGUUUGUCCAUCUCAAGGGGCCACCUUUUUCUAAUCCAUGCAAAGACCCUCCCGGUGCCAGCAGCAGCCUGGGCUGUGAAAACUAUGGGGUCAUUUUAGCUAACCACCUGUUUUAGAGGUGAGGAGACAAGAGCUCAGAGAGGUGGCAUUGCAUGCUCAGGGUCACAGGGCAGAGCCUCGGAUGACUCCCAGGACCGGCUCCUCACCCUCCCCUGUACCCCUCAAGCCCUCAUAUCUGCAGCCCUGUCUCAGAGGUACCCUGGACCCUUCCCUGGAGAUCCAGACCCUCAGACAACUACCCAUUCUUCUUGGAUGACCCAGGGGAACCUCAAGCUGGGCACUCCCCAUCCCAGGCAUCCCAACCCCUGCUCUCACAUCCAGUGCACACAGGCUAGUCAGAUCCAGUCCAAAUAAAAUCCUCCGUCUGCUUAGAAUUCUCCGUGGCUCAUGUAAAGGUCACACUUUCCCCACCAAUGGAUUCCUAGGGGCCCCCGGCCUGACUUCACAUGCAAUAAAAUUGAAAGGAUUCCAAUCAUACAAA